AUGUUGCACAGUUCUGUCAAUGAGCCCUGGCAUUCUGUCCAGAUAUCUAUUGCUGCAUCCUUGGGAGGACUCUUUUUUCUGACACUGCUCUUCUGUGCCUAUCAAUUAUGGUUUCAUCCUCUGGCUCGCUAUCCUGGGCCAUUUCUAGCAAAAUUCACUCGACUGUAUGCUGGCUGGCAUGCGUGGAAAGGUGACCUGCAUAUUGAUAUGCAGCGCUGUCAUGAAAAAUAUGGCAAUUAUGUCCGUUACUCUCCGAACGCACUAUUGCUGAAUACCAGCACUGGGCUUCACGAUGUCUAUGGAUAUAAGAGCAACACACAAAAGUCACAGUUAUACAAUGCUAUGGUGCACCGGGCGCCCAACACUCUUACACUAAUCAAUAAGAAAGCUCAUGGCCGCAAGAGAAGAAUCAUAAGCCAAGGACUUUCUGACGCUGCUCUUCGCCGAUACCAACCCGCGAUCCUGAAACAUGUCAAUGAGCUAUGUUCCGUUUUGGUUGGAUCAGACGUGAAGCAAUGGUCUAUCGCUCACAAUAUGGCACACUUUUGUAAUUAUCUGACAUUUGAUAUCAUGUCAGACGUCCUCUUCGGUGAGGAAUACAACACAGUGACAAAGGAUGAACACCGUUUCGUGGUAAAAGCCAUCGAAGAGUCCAAUGUUCGCACUUCGGUUCUAUCGCAAGCCCCAAUUUUGACUUUCAGGAGGCUGGACCGUUGGCUUUUUGCUAAAUCCAUCCAGGGCCGCAAUAAAUUUAUUCAGUUCGUCAACAAGUUACUUCAGAGCCGGUUCAAGAGCGCCAAGUCUACACGUCAAGAUGUCUUCACUUUUCUGAUGGAUGCAAAAGAUCCUGAAACCCAGCAAAGUCUAACUUUGGCUGAAAUUGGCGCCGAAACCACAACCCUUGUAGUGGCUGGAUCCGACACUACCUCCACUGCCCUGGCCUCCACUAUCUUUUACCUAUCACAUGACCCGAAAUGGUACAAUGUUGUUGCUGGAGAAGUAAGGGCAGCGUUUUCGAGUGUCGAUCAAAUUACGUUGGGCACGACUCUUUCUUCUUGCGUCUAUCUACGCGCAUGUAUCGACGAAAGCAUGCGCAUGAGCCCGCCAGCAGGAAGUGCACUUUGGCGCGAAGUCGGCAAAGGUGGAGGGGUCUUUGAUGAACAGCAUGUCCCCGAGGGCUACGAUGUGGGAACUGGUGUCUACGCGAUCCAUCACAAUCCUGAGUACUACCCCGAGCCAUUUAAAUUUAGACCUGAGCGAUGGAUUCUUGCUGGAAGUGACCAAGGUGGUCUCGGAACUGCUACUCGCGAAUCAUUGACUGCCGUGCAUAAUGCCUACACUCCAUUUUCCAUCGGGCCUCGCAGUUGUAUUGGUAAAGGUCUUGCGAUAACUGAGUUAACCUUGGCCCUAGCCACUAUUCUGUACAGAUUCGAUCUCAGUCUUGGUGGAUCCAAUGAGGAGAUGCGAGUAGGAGAGGGCGCGCCGGGACUGGAGCCUGGUCGUCAUCGAACAAAUGAAUACCAGCUCUACGACCACAUAACUGCUUCCAAGGAUGGACCAAUGAUUCGCUUCCGAAAACGGGAUAUGGCAUGA